UUUGGUAAUUACAUAUUACCUCUUGCAGAGUAAAACAAAAGCAUGCGUGGAUACUAGAAACAUGAAGCUCCUUUUACCAUACUUGAAGGGAUGGCCAUACCUCAAUCUUUUUAAAGUGUAUUAUGUUGUUAUUGUUUCGGACAAUCAUGAUUAACUUUAUACCAGAUUCUUCCAUAAUUUGAUAAAUACUAAACCCAAAAAGUAUAAAAAUGUAUUUUAUUGCUUCAAUAAGAGAAUGUUUGCAAUAAUAUUUCAUGAUUCUCCCACUUCUAAUAUGAUAAUUUGAUGUCCGAAAGGGUCCAAUAUUUUAUGUUUUACUCUGUGUUUUUAAUAGUUGAAAAAGUUGUAAAAAUAAAUGUUUGCAAAUUUGAAUUUAUGACAUCCGCAAAUAAAAACCUCAAUGGUGAUUUGUUGUAUCGAAAUUUUUCUUCAAAUUUAAUAGCAUUUAUUUUUCAACUUCAUUAAUUUUCUUUGCAACAAUCAAUUUGCAAUAUUUAUUGAUAUUACUGUUACUUACCGUAGAUAUAGAUUUCAUACCUGAUUUUUGAUUCAAGAUCACACUGUAGUUAUUAAGAUAUAAACUAUAUAUCCUUCAUUUUGGUAUUCUAGAAUUUCACAUGUCAACUAAUUUAAAUUGGUGUAUUUCACCUCAAAAUCAAGAUUUAUUCAAAAUUUUUCUCUGCAUUGGAAAUAUUAACUUUGAAAAUCCAAGGCUCGAAAAAAACUUUCACAAACAAAUUUUAUUGCAGCUGAACUUCUUGAAAUUUCUAUAGGCUAGUACUAUUAAAUAAUUUAUAAGAAUUAUUACUCUAUAUUGUCUGUUUGAAUUUUGGUAUUGCAUAUUUUAUUAGUCACUACUUUUUUUUUAUUAAAAUUUAACACAUGUCGAUUCCAGUUGAUUUGCCACGUAUUUAGAAAGAGCAAAUAAUAUAUAAUACCUGUACAAAAUUUUUAAUAUUUUAGUCAAGUAAUCAGUUUUUCCAAGGCAUUGUGUAUUAUAUUUUAGUUGCCAAUUUCAAAUUAAGCUAUUAAUAAGGUGGCAUUGUUUACCUGCUCCUCUUCAAUAUCUAUGUCACAAAGUUCUCUGUGGCAUACAUUUUGAACUGAAUCUGAGAUGUAAUCAAUCAAUGUGGAAUUCACAAUCACUAGAUGUUUUCCAGAUUAAAUUAAGUUGAAUUGUGCCAAGUAUAAUGUUAUUCGGCAUAGAUCGCAAGUAAUGCACCAUGUUCCUGGCAUUUUAAUUGGUCGCCUAUAACUUUGCUCAGAGAUGAGUCUCAUCCACGUCUGUGCGAGGGUGCCUCACCUUGCUUUGAGUUAUUCAUACUGAAAAACUUUCAGACUUUUUAUCAAUUAUCAUCUCUAUUCAAUAGUUGAAAAGGUAUUUGGUGCUUAAUUUGUUAAAACAUUUUCUUCAAUUUGUAUAAUGCGGUGUUCAUUCCUCACUGUAAAAUGAGUUAAUUUGUAGUAAACUGACUCCUCUUCAUGUUUUAGCAAAUCUUCAUUAAACUGUUUCUUGAUUUAGGUUUAUUUAAAUAUUUUUUUUAGGGUAAUAUGUAAUUAAUGAGUAAAAUUUUGAACUGGUACUAAUGUUGGACAAUUUGAAGCAAAAAAUGUUUUGUGUCUAUUAUGACUAAAAUUUGUGAUUCAAAUUUAAAAGAAAAAACACAAAACAAAGAAGAAAAUACUGAGGUGUGCACUGCAGUAAAACUAUCUAAGUCCAGUCUCGACGAAAAAAAAUCCAGGAGAAUAAAGCGGAAAAAGGCUGUCACAACUCCACCAAAUAGCCUUACCAGGGUUGGUAAAAAGAAAAAACAAACUGCUGGUCAAAAGACCAAUCUCAGUGCUUCCUCUCUGUCUGUACUACAAAAGAAAUUGUCAACCAAUUUUGCUGGUCUUACUCCUUUGCUCAACCGGUCACGUCCGAGUGAUCUUCUUAUUGAAAAUUUUAAAAUCGGAGAUCAGCGACCAAAGGCAAACAAAGAACACAAGAGUCAGUUCACAGCAGUGGUUGCUCCGAUUCCCCAGCCUCGUAGAUUCAUUAAGACAGCAACGAAAAAGUUACAUCUAAUAGAAAAACAGAGAAAAGAAAAACAGAAAGUUGCUGAAAUCUCAUCAUCGAAGACUAAAGAGCUUGAACAUAUAGAAAGAAAUCAUAGCAGUCCGAAUUUAGUGCUAUCAACUUUGUAUGAAAAGUCUGACAUAGGAUUCGAUUCCAGUGUAUUAUCUUGCAGCCAAACCCUUGCUUCAGAAUUUCCAAAUGUUGUUCGAUUCUACAACAAUGAUAUUGCACUUGCACGUAACUGUGCUCGGAAGUUUUCCUCACUGCCCUUAAAUCGUUGGAGAGGACAACAACAUUGCAACACUUUACCAACGCACUCUAAUCAAUCUCCUUUUACUAUUCGUCAAAGUCGUGGUGCAGCACGUGUUCCAUAUUGCAGAAACCCUUUUACAAGCAUAAGUUCUCAUUCUGUAUCAAAUACUUCCCCUACUUUAUUGAAUAUAAGCGGUAAGUUUCAGAAGAGUAAUAAGUCUUUGUCUUCACUGAGGUCUUCGUCAUCAGGGUGGAAUUGUUUGAAAGGUCUGACAACAUCAGACUUAGCGAAUAUAUCGUUCGACGUUGCAGAUAAUAUUGACGUUGCUUCAGAUUCUGCUUCACUGCCAGCAUCUCAUGCUGAUUUAUCAAAGAGUCAAGAUUUCGACAGUCUCGAUUUAAUGUCAUCUUUUGCAAAGGCAAUGAAUGCAAAAAAUAAACAACAUAUGAAAGCCACUAAUCAAAAAGGCUCACAAGCUCAACUUCAAUAUCAUACUGGCCGUCCGCGUCCAAGAAUUGCGAAUAAUUUUUCUUCAAGUUUUAUAUUACCUUAUGGUCUUGGAAACAGAGUGCAGUCUUCACCAGUUACAACUCCAGCAGUUCCUAGCUCUAGUUCAUUUCAUGGGGGACCAUUGGAAAGUCUUCAAUUAAUGAGUGAUAAUCAUCGAAGUGCACAGAGACAACAGUCCCAAUGCAACACUGGCCAAAGACAACAAAGAAAAUAUCUCGAUAGACAAAAAAUGAAAAUGCUUAAACCUCUUGGUGUCAACAAAAAUCAGGGCAACAUCACCAAAUUGUACGACAUCUCUACCUCAGAAUUCUCUGCUGCAAUAUUACCUGAUCCAGGUACAACCUCCUAUCGACUGACUCACGAUGUUUCCUUUGAUGAAGGAUCAAGGUAUCGUACAACAGAUUUCCCUCAUAAUUUAGGGAAAGGAAAAGAAGAUCUCGUAAUCCUAAUAUUAACGGAAUCACGAAUCAAUUCAAUUCAACAGUGUUAGCAAGAACCAAUGAGCAUCUAAUUCUGCCAGUCAAAUGAGACACGAAGGACGUAUCACUGUGAACAACAGAGAACAUAGCAACAACAUGACGAAUACAAGCAAUAAUAACAAUAUUUCUUUCAAGGAAACUGUGCCGUUGUCUUUAAUAAGGAUGGACGAGAGAU